AUUAAACCGGUUAACAGCUGUAAUUCGCUGGAAUAUCGUCAUUUCUUAAUGGCAUAACCGUGAAUCUGCUAAAUGCGCUAGCAAGACGACGCUUGUGUGUUGUCAAGGGCAACGGUGACAUCCGCCAAUCAGAACGUACGCUCUUGUGUCACGUGACACUCUGCACAUUAGCCAGCGCUGUAUCAAACAUGGCGAAAAGAGCUUUUUUUAAUCAUUAUUAUCAUUGCCCAGAAAUAAAGAACUGAAAUGAACUUUUGGUCCAGUUCGGGAGUUUACGCUUGAGUGAGAUGGUUUUACAACACAAUGGCGUCCGUGAGCCCCAGACUUUGUUCUGAAAAGACACUUUCGACAGCCCAGAAAGCAAAAGAAGACGCCGAAUCCACAUCAUCGAGUUCCAGCAGCUCCGACUACGACUAUGACCUGGAGCCAGAAUGGCUGGAUGACAUCCAGAAGAACGGGGAGCUGUUCUACCUGGAGCUAAGCGAGGGCGAGGAGGAGGCCACCUUGGCGCGGGUCGCAGCGAGCCAGUGCUUAUCCACUAACCACGUCCGCUUCAGUGAAAAGGAGGCAGAGGUCAUCACGGAGCAGGCCAGCGCGCAGCGGCGCGGCUCGCGGAGGAAAGGCGAGCCCGCUCUCAAAAAGCUAGCCAGGAUCCUGGGGAGGAAACGCCGUCCGUCUCAGCGCAAAGGAGGCAAGGAGGGCAGCAGAGGCAAAGCCACUUCCUCGCCUCCGGCUUCCAUCCUGAAGACGCAGCCAGGGCAGCAGCAGGGCGUGGUCGUUCUGCGGCGCCGGCUGAAGGAAGUGUGCGUCUACCUGAACCCCAAGCGGUUGGCGAGUUCGCCGACGCCGCUGUGUGAAAGAGGAGGACUGCUGGAAGCUCUGCUGGGCUUGGUGCAUCGUCCUGCCAGGACCGGAGGUCAGAAAGACAGAGGAGCCGGGGGACUGACCGUCCACGGAUUAAUACCAAACAGUCCAGCUAUAAAAUGUGGUCAAAUUCUGAUCGGCGACAUCCUCUUGGCUGUGGACGAUGUUGACGUGAGCGCUGAGAACAUCGAGAGGGUUCUGUCCUGCAUCCCAGGACCGACGCAGGUGAAGCUGACGUUGGAGACGGCGGCUCCAGAGGACUGCGCUGCUCCCAGUGACUCCUCUCCGGUCCAGAAGAUGAAGGCCUCCCCACCGGUCAGCCAACUGGUGCGCUUGUUGUGGGGUGAGGACACGGCGGAGCUCCAGAUGGCCAUCGGGCACAUCCCGCACGUCGUCAUGUACCUGUCGCUCAAACUGGACUCCACGUCUCCGCAGGAAGAGGAAGAAAUCCUGUACCAGUACCCGGUGUCUGAAGCAUCCAUCCAGCUGAAAGGAGUGAGAGGCAUCUUCCUUACUCUGUGUGACAUGCUGGAGAACGUCACAGGAGGCCACAUCAUCAGUUCGUCUCUGUUGCUCGGGAAGCAUCUGGUUCACGUUGGCUACUGGAAGGAGCACGAUAACCUGCUGGUCGUCGGUCUCCCUGCUGAGAGGGUCCCCCUGCUGUCCCUGCAGACGGUGGUUGGCGACGUGGUGCGGACGCUCAAGGUGAUGUACGGCUCCUUGAACAGCGCGUUCUGUAACCAGGACCACGCCCCCAGGUUGGACCAUUUCUUCUGCUUGUUCUUCCAGCAGCUCAUCCAGCCGUGGCGCCUGAGGAGAGGCUCCCCGCCGCCGCCGCCGCCCGACGUUUCUGGGAGCCUCUUUCUGGACGGACUGCCGGCGGUCCGAUGGCUCACUUUGCCUCCUAAAAUUAAGAUGGAGGUGGAUACUGUUCUCUCUGAUUUCGAAUCCUCUGACUUUGGAGAAAUGUCAGAGGACUUCUUUGGCCUGAGGCGUCUCUAUGUCAUACUCGGCUCCUGUUUGUUUUACAAGUCCUACCUGAUUGCCAACCAUCUCCCGAAGGAGGACCUGCUGGACGUGUGUCUUUACUGCCAGCACUUCUGCCUGCUGCCUCUGGCGUCGGAGCAGCGUGUCGGUCAGCUGGUCAUCUGGAGAGAAGUGUUCCUGCAGCAGAGAGCCAGCGGAGGGAUGGCGCCGGGCUUCAGCCAGCCUCAGGGACGACACUUCCUGCUCAUAGUGGGGCUGAGGCACUUCAUGCAGUGCGUCCUGUUGGAGGCGGGCGGGUGUGCGUCUCCGGCUCUGGGCUUUCCAGGACCCGACUGUGUUUAUGUGGAUCAGGUGAAAGCCACCCUCCUGCAGCUGAACGCGCUGGAGCCAGCCAUGGAGGAGCGGCUGAACGUCCCGUCCGCUCCCUGCCUCUCCUGCGCCGACUGGUUCCUGCCGGCCGCCACGACCCGGGACCGCCUGGCGUCCUCGUCCCCCGUCCUCAGCAAGCUGGCCGGGGCCAUCCGGGGGUCUCCGUCCGGGCACAGGGGGCACAGCCUGUUCGGCGAGAAGUCCCGCAAGUCCAGCCCACAGAGGAGCUUGUCGGACAGCGGGAGCGAGGGUCCGAUGGAUGCCGGGUCCGGUUCGUCGGCGGCUCCGGGUCUCAGCCCUCACUCCACCCCGGACUCAGGGAGACGGAUCGGUGGCAGACGGGACUCUCUGGGGUCUGAUGGGAGCGGAGGCGGUGGAAACUUCUUCAAGAUGCCCAGGAUGAAGCAUCCAAACCCUUUCUACCUGGGAACCCUGAAGAAAACCCUGACCGACAGGGAGACGGAGGAAAUGUACAACACCAUAAAACUGACUUCGGGUACGGAGAACACCUUGUUUCACUACGUCCUGAUGGAGUCGGUGCAGGGGAUCUUCAUCGCUCCCACUCACAGAGAAGUGGCCCAGCUCAGCGGCUCCAUCCACCCGCAGCUCAUACGCAACUUCCACCACUGCUGCCUCUCCAUCCGCGCCGCCUUCCAGCAGAGUCUGCCGGCCCGGGGUUGCCGUGCAGCAGACCGUUCUCAGAGGUCCGGCUGGGGUCUGGGCCCGGUUAAAGAACACGGGGUUCUGUUUCAGUGCAAACCGGAGAACUGGACGGACCAGAGGAAACCCGCCCCCACCAUGACUUACUGGGUAAUAGGGAGGAUGCUGCUGGAGCCGGUUCCUCAAGAGUUCUACGUCUGCUUCCACGACUCGGUGCCGGAGGUUCCCGUGGAGAUGGCCUUCAGACUGUCCUUCGGUCUGGGUUUAUGACGCGUCGACGGAACGGAGACUUCCUGCAUAAUCUCAAGAAAAAUCUAGCAGAUGCUCUUUUUCUGUGCUGUAGAGAUGGUUUGUUUUUUUCUUUCCGUCUUUGCCUUCCACAUGUUUUUCUGCAGAUAAGCAGUGGAGCAUGACUGAGGCUGUUUCAACUUCAGAUCGUUGCAGUGCCUUUUUUUUCCCCCUCACCGUGAACGCAGUGAGCUUCCCAGCAAACGAAUACCUCCUUUCCACUUUGACCAGCCGACCUGUCGGUUUUGUGCUGUGAACUUUACAACCCUAAACCAGUGAAAAAGAAAAACGCUGCUGCAUGAAUCUCCAUCCAGUAAAGCUAGCUUUUUUGUAUACAAAGCGGUAAACAUGUGUUGUUAAUUUAAAUUUUUGUACAGUUUUGUAUGGGAAAUUGUUACAUAAUAAAACACUAUUUGACA